UUAAAAGAAAUAAAAUUGCUAAAGUCUGAGAUUAAUUUAAAGGAUUUUGAAAUUGUCUCUCUAAAGGCUAGAAUAAAUAAAUUAGAGGCUAAGUUUAAACAAAUAGCACAAAAAGCUUUAUUAAAGGAUAAUGAUACUACUCAGUUACUGCACAAUUCCUUUUUUGAGAUUAGAAUAAAAGAAUUAAAAAAUGAACUAAAGAAGCUUGAGGCUAAUAAAAGUAAAGUGAAAGAUGUGAUAGAGUCUCUAAUAGACCAUGUCUGCAAUAAGCAGAAAGAGAAACUUGAUAAUAUUCAAGUCUUAUCUAUUGUUAUAUUAGAGGUAUUUGUAAGAUAUAUGUAUGGCAUAAUUUCAAAAGAUCCAAAAGCACUAUAUUAUGAGAAUAUUCAGUUUAGCUAUAUUUCUUUUGAAAGGAUUCCAAACAUGAAAUCAUUCUCAUCAGAAAGAAACACUGUUAUUAUUUUUGAGGAUUUGUAUGUUGCCUUAGAGUAUAUACAAAAUCAAAUUAUCACUUUCUUUACUCAUAUGCAUCAUAGGAACAUUUCAUUUAUUUAUAUAUCACAAUAUUAUCAUAAAGUUCUUAUUAUUAUUCAAGAAAAUGUCUUCCAUUUAGUGAUAUUUAAUAGUGUUAGUAAUGCUUAUGAUAUCUUCAAAAUUAUUAGACAAAAUACUGAUGAUGUAAAAGGUGCAUCUAUGGUUAUUAAUAGCUACCUCAAUAAAGAAAGAUGUAAGACAAAAGUGCAAGAAAAAAAGCAAUCUAGCUAA